AUGAGAGUGAGCUGGACUCUCCCCAUCGUGCUGACGGGCACUGUCGUGUCUGCCAUUGACUUGGACGUUUAUGAUGAGCAAUCCCUCAAGGAUGCCGCCGGCACCGCCUCCUACAACGCGAUGACCUUCUACAAGGCCAACCAGACGGGCGAAAUCCCCGGCAAACUGCCCAAAGCCUGGUGGCAAGGCGCCCUGCUCUUCGACACGCUGAUCCGCUACGGCCAUUUCGCCGACGACGCGUCCAACAACGCCGCCAUCAGCCAGGGCAUGUACCACCAAGCCGGCGAUCAUUCGGACUACAUGCCCGCCAACUGGAGCUCGUACAUCGCCAACGACGAUCAGGCGUUCUGGGGCCUCGCAGCUAUGACGGCUGCCGAGCUGGAUUUCCCUGCGGACUCCAAACAGCCGUCGUGGGUCGAUCUGGCGCAGAAUGUGUUCGAUAAGCAGGUGAAUCGGUGGGAUGAGGAUUCGUGCAAGGGUGGCAUGCGUUGGCAGAUAUCCCCUUACCAGGCAGGGUACGCGAUGAAAACGGCCAUAACCAACGGGGCCCUGUUUCAGCUGUCGGCCCGUCUGGCUCGCUACACGGGCAAUUCGACGUACUCCAAGUGGGCGGAGAAGGUUUGGGACUGGAGCAAGGAGACCCUGAUGGAUGAGAAAAUCUGGGAGAUCGCCGACGGCGUCAGCGUUACGGACCACUGCAAGGGAUUAUCGCACAUGCAAUGGACGCCGAACUAUGGUCUGUACCUGGGAGGUGCAGCGUAUAUGUACAACGUGACGGACGGCAAGAAGGAGUGGAAGAAAAGCAUCGACGGCCUGCUCAACACCACCUUCGAGACCUUCUUCCCCAAGCAGUACAACGGCACCAUGACCGAGGUGAUCUGCGAGCCCAUCGACAAUUGCGCCCAGAACCAAGAAAUCUUCAAGGCGAUCCUCUCGUCCAACCUGGCGUCGACCGCGCUGGUGGCACCCUACACGGCGGAGGGUAUCCUGCCGAAGCUGCAAGACUCGGCCACCGCGGCGGCGAAGCAUUGCACCGAGGGCAAGGAUAAGAGCUUCUGCGGAUACAGGUGGUACAAGAGCAACGGGGACCACAAGCUCAACAUGGCGGAGCAGAUCAGUGCUACCGGCCUGUUCUCGGCCAACCUGGUCGCGUUCAAGGACCAGACUCUCAUCUACACGAGUAAGACGUCCGGUAGCCGCACGAGCGGAAAUGAUAACAGCACCGGAGCCAGCGCCAGUGCGUCAGCCAGCGCCAGUGCGACCGGGGAUGCGAAUGGGGCUGGAACCAUGGGCGUGUCUGGCUGGGGGAUUGCAGGCGUUGCCAUGGUUGUCAGUCUGGCAGAAAUGAUUGUAUAG